AUGUCUCCAGCCCUACCUACUUUCUUCUGUCUUGGGCUGUGUGUACUGCGAGUGAUCCAAGCACAGAUUGGCUCAUUCCCUAAGCCUUCGCUCCAGGCUCAGCCCAGUUCCCUGGUGGCCCUGGAGCAGUCAGUUACUCUGCGGUGCCAGGGGCCUCGGGUCGUGGAUUUAUAUCGAAUGGAGAAACUGAAAUCCGAGGAGUAUAAAGAUCAAGACUUUCUCCUCAUCCCUCGCAUGAAAAUAAACAAUGCCGGACGCUACCGUUGCUCGUAUCAGAAUGGGAGUCACUGGUCUCCCCCAAGUGACCACCUUGAGCUAAUUGCUACAGGCAUUUACAGUAAGCCCUCACUCUCAGCUCAUCCCAGCUCAGCAGUCCCUCCAGGCAGGGAUGUGACCCUGAAGUGCCAGAGCCCCAAAAGUUUUGAUCAAUUUGUUCUAUACAAAGAGGGGGAUACUGGGCCUUACAAGGGAACCAAAAGAUGGUAUGGGGCUGAUUUCCUCAUCACCAAAGUGACUGCUGCUCACAGUGGGACUUACCAGUGUUACAGCUUUUCCAGCUCAUUUCCAUACCUGUGGUCAGCCCCCAGUGACCCCCUGGUGCUUGUGGUUACAGGAUCCUCUGCCACUCCCAGCCAGGUACCCAUGGAGGCGCCAUCUCCCACAACAGAAGCCUCCAGGAGACCUUCUAUCUUACCCACAACCAAGAUAUCUAUAACUGAGAAGUCUAUGAAUAUCACUGUCUCUCCAGAGGGGUCAAGCCCUCCAUUUGGUUUUUCCCACCAGCACUAUGUCAAGAGGAAUCUCAUCCGAAUAUGCCUUGGUGCCAUGAUUAUAAUAUUCCUGGUGGGGCUUCUGGUAGAGCAUUGGCACAGUCGGAAAAAAUGCCUGCCACACAGGAUCAGAGCUGUGCAAAGGCCACUUCCACCCCUCCCACUGGCCUAG